AUGGGAGAAUUUCGGAAGAUUAGAGCUCCUAUUUUCGAAGGGGAAGACGCGUUUGGAUGGAUUUAUAUGGUGGAGCAUUUCUUUGAGAUCCAAGACAUUGGAGUACGUGAUCGUUUGAAGGCAGCAACGAUUUGCUUGGACGGCAAGGCGCUGGCUUGGUUUGCUUGGAGUCAAGCAAGGGACCCAUUCCGCUCUUGGGAGGAUUUAAAAGAAUGGUUGUUGGAGCGAUUCCAGUUAACAGGUGAAGGCAAUAUCUAUCAUCAGUUUCUCACCAUCCGACAAGAAGGAACUGUACGUGACUACGUAAGCAAUUUUGAGAGACUGUCAUCAGCAAACUUGGCCAGAGCCAUGACUCUUGCUGUUAUGAUAGAUGAAAACAAGUUCAGUAUUGGCACACCCAAGACUAGUGGAGGGGUAAUUCGGUCCAACAACAGUGGGUCUAGUCGACCAGGUGGAGCUUUUACCAACAUGGGUUGUAUCAUCAUCUAG